GCGCGCGCGCACCCGCCUCACUGACAUUCCGCCUGGCCUCACGUGCUUUCUGUGUAUAAAAGGGUCCCGGUGUGUGCUCAUCAUGACCACUGUGUCGCCAGACAAACGGCUGAAAAUGGAGUCAGCGCUGAACCAGCUGAAGAAGCACACCGUGGUGGUGGCGGACACCGGAGAUUUUAACGCCAUCGACGAGUACAAGCCUCAAGAUGCCACCACUAACCCAUCCCUCAUCCUCGCUGCCGCCAAGAUGCCGGCCUACCAGCACCUGUUGGAUCCGGCCAUCAAAUACGGCAUCGCCAAAGGCGGAACUGAAGACGAGCAGGUCGCCAACACCAUGGACAAGCUGUUUGUGAGUUUCGGGCUAGAGAUCCUGAAGAAGGUCCCAGGCAGAGUCUCUACUGAGGUGGAUGCCAGACUAUCUUUCGAUAAAGAUGAAAUGGUUGCUAAGGCCCUGAGGCUCAUCGCCCUCUACGAAGAAGCCGGCAUCAGUAAGGAGCGAGUUCUCAUCAAGCUGUCAUCCACAUGGGAGGGGAUCCAGGCCGGCAGGGAGUUGGAGGAGAAGCACGGCAUUCACUGCAACAUGACCCUGCUGUUCUCUUUCGCUCAGGCCGUGGCCUGUGCAGAAGCAAAUGUCACACUUAUAUCACCCUUCGUUGGGCGCAUCUUCGACUGGUACAAGGAGAACACAGACCGCAAAAGCUACGAGCCACAUGAAGACCCAGGUGUGCUGAGUGUGACCAAGAUUUACAACUACUACAAGAAGUUUGGCUACAGCACGGUGGUGAUGGGCGCCUCCUUCAGGAACACGGGGCAGGUGAAAGCCCUGGCGGGCUGCGAUCUGCUCACCAUCUCCCCCGUGCUAGCUGAGCUCAGCCAGGACCACAGCGCCGUCACAGCGAUGCUCAAAGUGGAGAAAGCUAAGGCCUGUGAUCUGGAGAAGGUCCACCUGGAUGAGAAGGAUUUCCGCUGGCAGCACAAUGAGGACCGCAUGGCGGUGGAGAAACUGUCAGACGGCAUCCGCAAGUUUGCUGCUGAUGCCAUCAAGCUGGAGACCAUGAUCAAAGAGAAAAUGCUCAACGUGAAAAACGGCCAGUAAUGGACAGAUUUGGUGUCUGCGGCUGCAUUAAACUAUAAGAAGUUAGCAGGCUGCCUUCUUUGUCUCCAACUACCUGAGAGAAGGCCCGAAGCACCAGAAGGCCUUCCCUCUCCUCAUCUGACCAAACCGCAGGGACUCCUGACCGGACACCUGUCCUCUCUUUAGUCUGGGAGUAACACUGUUUUCUGACCAAACGUACAUGGUGAUUGAUGCUUAUGUGGGUGUGCCGCUGCUGUAAAAUAGUCUUAAUAUUAACUAGAAAUUUAAGCAGAAAGGGAAAAAACUUUUCAGGAAAAAACUGCCGUAGUUUGAGAGUAAUAUCACGUGACUACUGGAGAGAACCACGAGCACUUUUUGGCAGAAAAGGACCACAGUUUUUUCUAUCAGCAUCAUUUGGAUAACCUGAAUACAGACCAUUGUUUCAUCAUUCCUCAUAAUCUUUUGCUCUUUGAAAAAAAAAUAAAAAUCUCAGUCAUUA